GCUGAUCGGCCGUUUCGUGAUCCUCAGUGCGCCACAGCUCCGUUUGCUGGGCACCACGCGCGCAAGAAACACUUUUUUUUUUAUCAUCUCUCACAUUCGUUAAAAGAAAAAAAAAGCCCCAGCGCCAACACAGCGAGGUUUUUCUUUGGUGGAAGUGACGCGUUGAACUGGACUUUGUCACAUCGUAACAAAGGAAAAAAAAAAACGUUCUAAAUAGUUGUUCUUGCGCAGUGAAGGCUCCAAUUGAAUUUCGGAGUCACUCAGUUGAAUUGUGGGGUUCACCGCAAGUUUUGGAUAAGCCAUUUGAUUUUGAGAAUACCGGGUCUAUGUACGGUCCGGGGCGUUUGUGUUGCCAUCAAAGGAGAAAAAGGUGCGAGAGCUGCCGCAAGGAGUCUAUGAACUCCGAGGAAGCUAAUGACGACGAUUGGAUUCAAUAUCAAUGCCAAUACUGAAGGGAUUAUUUUAUGCAUUUUUUUAGAUUUUUGUAUUUUUUACGUUGAGUUUCUGUGAAGUUGUUGGGUCAAGAUUUUUCACCGGUAACGUGCGGGCAUUUUUGGUUGAAACAUGCUGAAUGAGGAGAAGGAUCAGGAUAAUGGAAUCAACAUCAAGUUUGGGAGGGACAAGGAUGGAAAGGGAGAGUACAGGGCGAUAUCGAAGAAGGAGAUUAACAGAAAAAAGGAGCUCAACGGGAAUGCCAAGGGAGCAGUUAAGGAUGAAGCAGGGAAGGGAGAGCUCGUGCCACCAGACGGCGGCUGGGGCUGGCUCGUCCUGAUAGCCGCUGUAAUGGUCAACGUCCUCAUCCCGGGAACUAUAAAGUCCUUUGGUGUACUUUUUGUCGAGUUUCUUGAGGUCUUUCACGCAUCACCUGCAGCAGCAGCAUGGAUACCAGCCCUAUGCUAUUUUCUCUACAGCUCACUUGGCCCGCUAUCGAGUGUUCUGUCUGUCAAAUACUCGUACAGAACAGUGACCCUCAUCGGUGGAACUUUCGCUGCUGUUGGAAUGAUGCUCAGCUACUUCGCAAAUUCUGUUUUGUUCCUCUGCCUCAGUUAUGGAACCUUCGUGGGCAUUGGAGCUGGAUUAUCAUUUCCCCCGACCGUCUACAUCGUUACUUCAUAUUUCUUGAGGCUAAGGGGUCUGGCUAAUGGUCUGUGCAUGUCUGGCAGCGCUUUGGGGUCUAUUUUUCUACCACCUCUGUUAGCUUAUCUAUUGAAUGAAUUUGGAUACAGAGGGGCAGUUCUGAUAAUGGGAGGAAUAACUCUCAACGUAUGGGCGAGUGCACUGUUGUACGACCCCGUAGAAAAGCACAUGAAGUGGGUACCCUCCACCGACGAGGCCGACGAACAAGAGGAAACCCCCAUUCCCAUUACCGUGACAUCCCCAGAAUCCGAGAAGAAGAUCAACAACGCCCUGAUAAUCCCUAACUCUGAGAAAUCCAAUCCUAUAGUUCCGAAGAGUGCGUCCAGUGUUGCCCUGGAGAACUACAGAAACACCCCCUCCCAGGGUAGAGCCAGGAAGAUCUCUAUGCCCACGGGCCGCGAGAUAACCUCCCAGAUGCACAGCACACCAGCCCUUCAUGCUGUCCCAGAGAGGGGAAUAGCUAGAAGGCGACCAGCAGCUCGAUCCCCUAGCACAUCAUCCUUCAACUAUAUCAGCACACCUUAUCACGGCAGCACCUUAUCAGCUCUUAAUCCUGAGUACGCAUCGACUCUUACUCUAAAUGCAAUAUCCAAUACAUUCAGGAAAUCACCAGCGAAAACGGUUCAGCCCAAGGAGGAGACCCCCAAGUUCUUCGACGUGAGUCUCCUGAGGGACCAGAUCUACCUCGUCAUUCUGAUAUCUAACAGCACAAAUGCGGUGAGCUAUACGAAUUUCGUGAUUCUCCUGCCUGUCUAUGCAAUCAGCAUCGGUUUCGACAAGGCUGCAGCUGGAUACCUUCUCUCCCUCGUUUCUAUCUUCGAUCUUGUGGGGAGGAUCGGAGGUUCUGCCCUGUCAGACACAAAGCUCAUCCCCAAGCACUGGUAUUUCGUUGGGGGACUGCUGGUUUCCGGUGUCUCCCUAGCUAUUUUGCCUAUUGGGAAGAGUUAUGGGUAUUUGUCCCUCUGGUGCUCUGUUUUUGGACUGUCCUCGGGGAUUUACGUGGGGGUCACUGCUGUCAUCAUGGCCGACAUGCUUGGAACCGAGAAGCUGACGUCUUCCUAUGGAAUUUCACUCUUUGUCAACGGUUUGCUGCAGCUCGUAGGACCUCCCAUCUGCGGAAUAAUCUUCGAACAGAUCGGGGAUUAUGCACCGAUUUUCAGCGCCCUAGGGCUGAUCCUGGUGGCUGGUGCUUCACUGUGGGCUUUCAUGCCGUAUCUUAGGAGGAAACAGGAGUUAAAGGCGACGCGUAAUGGGGGAGUGGUUUACAAGGUUUGAGAGAGCUCCGUGUCUUGCUGAAUAUUCAAUUACUUCAAUAAUACAAAAAUUGAGGAAAAAACAUUUGGGUUUUUUUCGCUGAUAAAACUCCAACAUUUUUCCCUCAAUAAAUCAAAAAUGUAGAAAUGUUUAAUUUAACUUGCAAAACCUAUCACAUGUCGUUAGAUAUCGAAUCGUCUCGUACGUAUGGAAAAAGGGUGAUAGAUUGCUCACGACGUAUGUUUUCACUGCCGUCAGCCAACCUGAGUACGAAAUCCAGUGUCUCUUCCUUUCUCAGCCAUUGCAUUUUUUAAUAGAACUAUAUUAUUUUCUUAAUUUCCUUCUAGAACAAAUUGUGUAUAUUCUGUGGAUAAAUGUCGAGAACAUUAAGAUGUAUUUUACAACACUUCAGUGUCUUUGAGGGAUAAAACUGAAGAUGAAGUGAAAAAAAAUUAUAAUAAUGUCUUGCCUUAUUAACUGUUAAUUAAAAAUGCUACGUAGAGGAGCACACGUCAAGAUUUCAAAUAAGAAUGAAAAAAAUGUUAGGAAAGUACUUAUACUAUAGCACAAAUUACCACUGUAUAAUUAAACUCCGACUUUUGUAAAUCAAUAUUUCCUUACGAUUGAAAGACCACAAAAAAAAAUUCCCUAAACAAUCUUAAUCCCUUCGACAUGUAAUGAGAUGUCCAUGCACGAAUGAAAGUACGUUAACAUGUAAUUAAUUAGGGAUAUAUUGUUUCAAAUGAAUGGACCAAGUCGAAGGCGAUGCAUAUUCGAUUAUAAAUAUUUUAAUUUAAUCACAUUAGUGACUAUAUAGGGUAUCGAUCCAAUGAAUUCAUCCUUUAAUGAUCAAGUAUUUUUGUUUAAAUACGCCCCAUUCAGCUUUGGUGCAGCAUAUAAACUACAGUAUUUUGCUGAACUAUUUUAUAUCAUCGAUCAUUGAAAUUGAAUGAGAUAAAUAUUAUUUAAUAUUAAUCCAUCGUCUCUUCAUUAACUGUUGCAAUGAUAAUUCGAGGGUUUAUUCUGAGAAUAAACGCUGAAGUUAUUCACAUCGAA